CCAGAAUGCGUAGUAUCGGGUCCGCUUGCAUUGUUGCUCCGCGCUUCAGUAUACGUCGGUGUCUGUCCGUUACGCUUCGCGCGUACACUCGACGGUUGGCGGCCAUCUUUGUCUACCACACUCGUCAUCACACAACGUCUUGUCAUGACUAUCUUCAAUGCAGUAAUGCUGGCAGCUUUCGUCCUGGACAUCUGCCAAGAGCCCGGUCAGAGGAUCCGGAUUGGAGAGAUGACGCUGCAGAUGUUCGUGUGGAUAUCCGACAUGCUGCUGAUGAUGAUGAUCGCCAGCGUCGCCGUCUACAUGGCUCCUGAGAGGAUGAACCACCUCCUUCAAAUGCUGGAACAGUUGCGACAGGUCAGCACAGAACUCAAAAUCAGUCCAUCGGCAAGGAGCGAAAGGAUCAAAAUGAUUACAAUCGUCUGCAUACCUUUGUGGGCAGCCGCCAUCUUAAUAGCAGACUUUUACAGUUUCCUGGCUGGUUUCUCAGAUGGAAAAAUGUGGUACAUAAUGUGCAUGUACGGGCCCUACUAUGUGGGAAAUCUGAUGGGAGUUAUCGUUCUUCUGCAAUGGAGCUGUGCUGUGCUGGCUGUACACACAGCCGUUGUCGCUGUUAAUGACGAGCUGGUAACGUUGCGCAGAGCUAACUUGGAGUUGGAGCCGACGACAGUACUGGAAGACUUGCUGCGACCACCGAAAACAGAACGCAACACACUCGUCGAUUGCUUCACGAAGCAAGCCAAGACUCCUGGAGAUACCAUGACUAUAUCACAAGCGCAAUCCACCAUUCGCCGUCUCGCUCUCUCCCACGAGCGUAUAAGCGAGCUGACGAGACAGCUGAAUGCGACCAAUGGGAUCUUCCUGAUGUUUGUCCUCAUGUCUACUUUCAUUCGACUCGUGCUGACUCCAUACUACCUUCUGCUUAGAUUUGACCAUGAUGAACGGAUUAUGUACGAGUUGGUGCUCCAAAUCAACUGGAGUCUGUUCCACGUCCUCACACUCCUCUUGACGAUCGAACCAUGUCACUGGACACAGGAGCAGAGGGAACGCACCCAGAUCCUGCUAAGUCACCUGAUCGUGCACUUGGCCCCGAAAUCCGAGAAGCUAUCCAGGGAACUCGACCAGUUUGCCAAGCAGAUUCUACUCAGCAAUGCCAAGUAUAUGCCACUGGGAGUCUAUGCGUUGGCCCGUCCACUUAUGGCUACGAUGCUGGGCGGAGUGACAACAUACCUAGUUAUAAUCAUACAAUUCCAGAAAAUCUCUGAUCAACUUUAAGACAGGAGGACCAACAUGUUUUAUAAAUCUGAUUCUCUAAUUCGGCCUUAACGCAAACUGACAUUUCGUUGCGCCAGGUGGCGCAAGCGCAACUAUAAGCGCCUCCUGUCACUUCUAUAUCACAUAGUUGUGUCGGCCAAGACAUAUGUAACUCCAUAUAGAUAGCUACAGUCUAAGAAAAAA